AGAGGUGGAGAGAGUAAAAAUCUGGAUAAACGUCUUUAACUGCAGCACCCCCAAAAACCUCCUCAUUUUUCAGGCGUGGAGAAAGCGAAAGCGGAAGUAGUCACGAGUCAGCCUCUUGCUUCGCUUUGGUACUCUCUGCAGCAGGUUGUUAUGCUGACUGUGAUUGGUUGAUCGAGUUGGUCCUCGAUCCAAGAUGGCUACUACCGUGGUGGAGCAUGUUGUGGCUGAUGCAGGGGCAUUUUUGAAGAAAGCACCUCUUCAGGACAUUGGAAAGAAUAUCUACACGUUGAAAGAUGUGGUUGAUGAGAUCCGGGACAAGCCCACCAGGAGGAGUCUGGCCUUCCUGCCGUACCAGCUCAUCUUUAAAGAGCCUCACCCUGAACACAUCAGACAAGUGACAGAGUUCUCCAAGAAGACCGGAGACUACCCCAGCCUGUCAGCCACAGACAUCAAAGUCCUGGCUCUGACCUACCAGCUGGAGCUGGAACACGUCGGAGCCAGUCACCUGAAAAAAGAGCCAGACGUCAAGGUUGAAAUUCGUGGCACACAGCGCCAUCCAGAGGCUCCCGUUAAUGUUGCAGGAUUCCACUUUCCCUCCAAGAAGCCAGCGGAGAGCUCAGCAAGCGGCCGGCAGACACCAGCUCAGACACACACCUCCAGCCCGGCGGAAAAUGCAGAGUUUAACAGCUUCCAGUUCUGGAGGACGCCGCUGCCUUCCAUUGAGGCUGAUCUGCUGGACUUGCUAAACGUGGAUGGCAUCACUGUGUCAGACAGCAGAUCAGAGGUGGAGAUGCUUCCGCUGACCGAGGAGCACAGAGAGUCUGAGGACCAAGCAGGAGAGGAGACUGACGAGGAGGAGGAAGAGGAGGUAGAGGAGGAGGAGGAUGAUGAGGAUGAUGGUGGUGGCUGGAUCACUCCCAGCAACAUCCAGCAGGUUAAGAUGGAAUCUGGUGACGGAGCAGCUCCAGCGGAUGUCAAAGUGGGAUGUCUGACAACUGACUUUGCUAUGCAGAACGUUCUCAUUCAGAUCGGACUCCACGUUCUCUCUGUCAGUGGUAUGCUAAUAAAACAAACAAGAAACUACAUUCUGCGAUGCCACGCCUGUUUUAAGACCACAACCAACAUGAACAAGGUUUUCUGCUCUCACUGUGGCAACAAGACACUGAAAAAGAUCGCCGUGACCAUUACAGAGGAUGGCAGCAUGCAGAUGCACUUUUCCAGGAACCCCAAAGUGCUCAACCCAAAGGGACUGAGAUUCUCCUUGCCCAUGCCUCAAGGAGGGAAACAUGGCAACAACCCCCACCUGGUCGAGGACCAGCGCUUCCCCCAGCAGAGGCUGUCCCACAAAGCCCGCCAGAAGACAAACGUGUUUGAUCCCGACUACGUGGCCGGAGCCUCGCCCUUCAGCGACAACGACAUCUACAGCCGCGCCGCCAACCUGCAGAUCAGGGACAGCCAGUGCGGCGGCGGCAGGCGGAGAGCCAACCCCAACGCAGCCCGCAAGAAGUUUGUCAAGAAGAAGUGAAGAUUUGAUUUGUUUCUGUUCAAACCCCAGAAUGAGGCAGGCAGACUGACUCUACAUGCAACAGCCUCCUCACUAAAGACAAUUCUGAUACACAGAUUGUAAGAGUUUAACUACAAACCCAGUUUUUUUUUUUCUGUACAGUGUAAUGUUAAACUUAUUACACGCCCUGCUAAUGGGUUGACUCGGCUUGUCAGCAUACUUAAACUAUAUUAAUACCCAAAUAAAUUUUUAACAUGUUGUUCUCCA